GAAGCCCCGAAGAAAACGUUAGAUUAGUUGGAGUGAGCUUUUGAAGUUCUUAAAAAUCAGAAAAUGAACACAAAAGUUUCAGGAAAAAACAAAAAAUCAAACUAAAUUCAGUCCGCCUCCACCUCAACAGGGGGUCGUCAAAGUAAAUAAAAACCCGCUACUGGCAAGAUGUCGGAGAGUUCAGUUGGUAAUCUGCAACUCACAGUCGAAAUGGCGGGCGCGCGCAUAGCCGAACACGAAUUGGUCGGUGUGAUCGGCAAUAAAAAAUCCCUCGGCAGCUGGAAUAUACAAAAUGCGCCGCUGCUCAAACGUAGCGAAAGCGAUUACAAUAAAUGGACCACGAGCGUGACGGUGCCGCUGAAUAAAUGGGUGCGCUAUCGCUAUUUCAUCGGCGCACUGGACAAGCGCACGCAAAUCGUGCAGGUGCGUCGCUGGGAAGUGGCGGAGCGUGCGCGUGAAUUACGGCUGACCGAUGUGAAUGAGAACACGUACGAUCGUUUCGGUUUCAUAACACCAAUGCGGCCGAAAUUACGACGCGCAUGGCUCAACACUGGACACAUUGUGUUGUUGAAGUUGUUCGACGAAGCGUUGCGUUAUAAAGUGAGUGACGACCGGAUUGUUGAGGAGGGUGAGGUGGUGCAGUUGAAGCUGGACGCCCUAGAUGCGGUCACACUACAAACGAUCGGACCGUCGGCACGCGCGCACAUACUAUACACAAAACUGCAAUAUGGCAAUAGUCAGUUGAAGGAUCAGCCGGAGUUCGGCACCGAAUACAAUACGCAGACACUUAUUUAUCAUAUCUACAUGUUGACGCGUCGUGACGUUGGUUUCCUGUUGAAACUAUUUGCCUUCAAUAAGCGCAACGAGUGUGUGCGCCUGAUCGCGCAGUCCUACCUGCCGCCUGAGGCGCUGGAGGAGAGUGAGGGUGUGCUGGAUGUGACUUUGAUUUCGUCAAGUGUGGACGCUGAAGUGGCGAACUUGGAAGUACACUAUUUGAUCAUAAACCCCACACCCAAUUGGCAUGUCAAGUUGAAUACUACCUUCACGCAAUAUUGGCCCACACGUUGGAGGGGUUUGAACAUAGCACAUCGUGGCAUGGGACGUAGUUUUGUGCCGAACAAUCCGGUGCGUCCACCAUACGAGAACACAGUGAGCUCCAUCAAACAGGCAUUCCAAGUGGGCACCGAUAUGGUGGAGUUCGAUGUGAUGCUCACCAAAGAUUUGGUGCCCAUCAUCUAUCACGACUUCUAUGUGCUGAUGUGUCCUUCAACCGAGACACCUUGUAGUCGCAGUGAGAUUAUCUCAGUGCCGGUUGUAUGCUUAACCUACGCCGAGUUGCAGUCCAUGCAGACGUACAAAAUUGUUGCUGACGAAUUGAUUAUUUGCCCGGCACCGAAUACGGUCAGCGAUGAGGAUGAGCGUCUCUUUCCCACGCUGCAGGAGUGUUUUGAGAAAACAAAGAAAAUGUUAGGUUUCAACAUCGAAGUGAAAUGGCCACAAGAGUUGUACAAAGGCGGCUCCGAGUGCGUGCAACAUAUGGAUAAGAAUCGGUAUGUGGACACGAUACUCGAUGUGGUGAAGCGUCACAGUUGGGGUCGCGUGUGCUUCUUCUCCUCCUUCGAUGCGGAUAUGUGUAUAAUGUUGCGCUAUAAACAAAAUAUGUAUCCCGUUAUGUUGCUAAUCGAAAACGAACCGCAGAGAUUCGUCGAUCCACGCACACACUGUCUGCAUCCGGCCAUAAAUACAGCACAGGCGUUCGACUUGAACGGCAUUAUGCCCAACGUUUCUAUGCUGCAUUCGCAUCCGGACGCCUUCGAGUUGGUUGAGAAUCAGAACAAAUGGCUCAUGUUGUGGGGCGAUGAGCUCGUAGAUCGUGCUAAAAUCGAGUUCUAUCGUGCGCUGGGUGUUAAUGGCAUGAUUGUUGAUCACAUCGAUUUGUUGGUGGAUCGUGGCAAGCGGAAUAUUUUUGAGUCGGAUGAAAAGUUGCAGCAACUUUUCGAGUUGCAGAGGAGUUGUGGUUGCCGUUGAAUGGAUUAUUAUUUCGAAAAACUAAAAUUUUAAAUACUUUUUUGUGAAUACUUCAACCAACCGAAAUGUGUAACGAGUGAAGAGAAAACGUAAUAAAUUGGAGUGCAGUAAACUGGAAAAGGCAAUAGAAAGGAA